AUGCAGCGAUCUCAAGUCUUAUCUUCACCACCAACCAUGAAGAGCACCCUUACAGGUGGAGCGAAUGCCACAAGUGCCACCAACGGAAACGUUGCGCAUGGCUAUUUUUCUGGUCCAAACUCCCCAUCAACUACCCGCUACUCUGUGCAGGGUGGCGGUCGCAGAUCUGUGACCUCCAGAUUUUCGGUCUCGCAGAGCAGCGCUACUGAAAAGACGAAUGUGGUGCGAGACACUGCAAUUGCUCUCAAGCGAAAGAGUGCGUCUGAACUUGGAGCUGGAGUCUCGGAGACCGCUGAUAAAGUCAGCUUUAUCAACUUGGUUGAAUGGAUCCGCUCCGAGCGCCUGUCGAGCCUGCCACACAAGGGAAGCCGAUGGGACACUGUUCUGAUCCGAGCUCUUUACUUUGCAGAGCGCCUGCAUGGUUUCGAGACUACGCUGAAAGGCCACGCUGCAGAUAGCGACGCUGCUGCACAACUCGGCUAUGGCCACGCAAGACUCCUUCUCGAGCUUGGACACGAGAAUUCUGCGGCUUUGGACAAGGCGUUCGGAUUUCUUUACAGGUAUUCAUCUGCUGUAUCUUCUCUAUUGUCAAGAUCCGAGGUUCUGAAGCUCUCGCAAGAGAUCUACGAAGAGAUGUGCAAAAUGUACAGCGACUUGUUGACCCUGGUGGUCGACGUCUCUGUGCGUUUCUACAAAGCUGUUCACAGCAGCUCUGGUGCUUCUGCUAGCUUGGACCUCUUCGAGGUGUUCGGGGACACGAUCGUCACUUUCCGCCACCGCAGGAACAGCAUUACAGAGCUCAUCUGGAAGCAAGAGAUUGCCGCAGACAACAGUGAUAUCGACGAAGCGAUUGAAGUCGGCACCCUGGAUCGCUGGCUGGCUCCUCAGGACCGUGUUCUUGCGACUCUAGAGCUUGACCACACCCUCAUUGCUGAUGACCUAGCCGAGCAUACUUGUGUCUGGUUCUCGGACGACCUUGCCAAGUUCGUGAAGGGAAAGGAGCACUCAUUGUUGAUCAAUGGUGCACCUGGCUCGGGAAAGACCACUCUGGCUGCGGCUUUGGCCGAGAGAUUGCAGCGACCUAUCGCUCGGAAGUCGUAUGCCAUGCUCUUCUACUCUGUCGGUGCAGUACCUUCGCAGGCCUCGACGUUGAACGUGGUCAAGGCACUUUUGCACCAGCUUCUGACUAUCCGUGUUGGCAAUAUGCACCUCUACCACGCCAUUGCGCAGGCACAUGAGAAGUCUCGCUUCAUACAAGACCCCGCCAAGUACGAGGAAUUGUUGUGGACUGCGCUUGAAGAUGCCGUACGCCACCCACUCGACAAGGGCGCAGAUGUGGUCAUGAUCGUGGAAGGUCUCGACGAGCUCGCGAAUCCAUCCGCUGGCCAGGCUCUCCUGCAGCGCCUUGUAAAAGCUGUAGGCCAGGGCACACGCGUUAAGCUGAUCGCGCUUUCUCAGACGCUCUCCCUGCCAAACGGUGUCUCUGGCACCCAGAGGACGAUCGGACAAAAUGACACCCGCGAUGACAUUCAUUCAGUGGCCAUUCGUGUGCUCGCACAGUGCCCUCACUUCAGAUCGAAGACAGGCCGCGAGCAAGAAACCAUCAUCAGCCGAAUCAUUGAGACUUCCGAGGGCUCCUUUCUCUGGGCCAUCCUUGCAUGCGAGUCGCUUCGCCUGCUCAAGACAGCUGAGAGCUUCGGCAAAGCUAUCAACAAUCUACAGAACCCCAAAGAUUCCGUCGAGGAUCUGGUCCAAGGCCUUGUUGCUGCUCUCGAGCUGAACGAAGAGGCCAAGCUUCUGUUGGCAUGGCUUGUACACGUUGCACGACCAUUGACUUACAGCGAGAUUGAGUCUCUGUUCGCGAUGCACGUUCACAGCGGGACACGCUCUGACCGCCGCGUCGACGUCCACCGCAUCGUGCGUACAUUGCAGCCGUUGCUGGCUGUCGAAGAGGAUAUUGUGCGACCACGUCACCAGAUUGUGCAGACAGCUGUACGCAACCUCUUGAAGCAAGGCAAGCUCACGGUCCCCGUGAAGGAUCUACCUACAGAUGUCCUGCUUCGUCUGCUUACUUACGCCAAAAUCUCGCUCCCAGAGAACAAGGAGCCAACCCUGGAUGAUACCGAUCGCAGUAUCGUUGAUCACUGCUUCAGCAGAUACCCAUUCUUGGAGUACGUAGUUCGCUACUGGACUUGGCACUUACAACAGGCGUCGGUCGUCACACUCGGCAGGCCAGACAUGAAGAUUACUCCAGAGAUCCAGAAGGUCUUCCCUGAGAGUACCACCUUGCCCAUCCUCGAAUGGCUCUGCUGGGAUGAUCAGUUCCCUGGCGCACAAGAAGUGGAGCUUCACGACAUUGUGGGCAAGCUUCGAGCGAAGAUCUUGACCGAGAAGCAUCCAUCCGUGCUACAAAGUUACAUCAACACUACAGCCUACUACGAGGCCAUGCAAGAUGUCAACAAGGCCAGCCAUUUGUACUACCUCAUCUCCAAGAUUGGCUGUGAAGUCCUGUCUGUGUCGCACCCGAUUGUCAUCGAGUGCGCAUCACGCUUCCUGCAUCUCAGCUACUCCAGAGUUACGACCACCAGGACUGAGAUCGUCACAUACAGGGAACAGAUCUUGAUACUCCUCAUCACAGCUUACGAGCGGCAGUAUGGCGUGUCAUCUGAGAUCGUGAUGCAAACCAGAGAACAGCUCGCAGAGCUCUAUCUGCACAUCGGCGAGCAGGACAAGGCAACUGAGGUUAUGAAAAUCAUUCACGGGACUGUUGGCGACUCUCACCGACAUGAGUCCGACCGCACUCGUGCUCUGAACGAACAGCUGCGAGUCAGUUUCGGCAAAGGCAAGACUACCCGCGAUCUUGAGACGUACAAAGAUGGUGUGUUCACGGAGGAAGCCGAGGACGAAGAGGCCCUCGAGAUCAUCGAUCUUACCCAGGUCGAGAUGAUUCUGCGCCAAAUUGAGCAGUAUCGGUCCCAAAAAGAGUUCGUCAAGGCAGAGCAGACAUACAUUGAGCUGUGGCAAAGCCUUUCCGAGAGCUGCCGCACCACCAUGUCCGUUGAGUGGCACCAAAAGAAAAUUGAGGUUGUCCAGGCCUACACCGAACUCCUUGAGAGCCAGCAACGCCGAUUCGAAGCCACCACCCUUACUACCUCUUUGUGGCGCGAGUACGAGCAUCACGAUCUGAGCUACUCUGAAACCAUUGUGUCGAGACUGACCAAAUCAGCUCGCUUCUUGAAGAGCGUAGGAGAGUACAGCGCUGCACUUUCCAUCUUCAGGCAUGCUUCUUCAUACUACAAGAACGUUCGCAAGGAAGAGUCAAAGCACACUCGCGAGCUCGAGGAGGAGAUGACUGUGAUCUCUCACCAGGCUCUCAAGGCAUCGAAGGAAGAGAAGUCGGUGGUCAGAUCGGAACAUGAGCAAUUGGACAUGUUCCAAAUUCUCAUCGCUCAGUCUUCAAAGGAGGUUGAGAGCUCUACCAUGACCUUGUCGAAGAGCUUGACGUCUCAAUUCAUCGCCACCAGGCAGUGGUCUCGAGCCGUCUCGGUCGUGCACAGUACUCUGCAGAAGACUUGGAGCUCGUUCAUGGCCGCUUCGGUUCACGAGGUCACGAUGACUUCUAUCCAUCAGAAAGAGUCCAUCGAGCUCGUUGAGCAGUUGGCACUGAUCUAUCACGAGCAGCGCUUCUUCGAGAAAUUGGAGGACGUCUACGUUCGCCUGUUCCGCGCCGCGCUGUCGUCUCCAAAGGACACCGCCGUCCUUGAGAAGGCGAAGAGCCUGCUGCUUGGCUUCUACGAUCGCCGUGGCCAUGUCGACAAGUCCAUUUCGGUGUAUCAAGAGUUGCUCGCAGUGUACCGCCGUACCCUUGGACCAACCCACGAGACCACCAUCACCGUUCUCUACGAGCUGGCGACCAGAUGCCGUGCCCACGCCCGAAGCCACCCGUACUACAUCGAGUACUACCAACAGAUUGUUACUGCACUGAACAAAGACUCCACCACCUGUUACGCUCGUGCAAUUGAUGCUGCUAUCAUUGUUGCUGAAUCCUACUGGUACGAGCGCCGAUACUCGGACGCUGUUGCAUCAUACUCGCUCAUUUGGAACACUUUCGUGCAAAAGUUCAAGGAGUUCAAGAUGUUCAGCCAAGAGACGUUCGUCAAGAGUCUGUACGAGCGCUACUACCAGUGCUUAGAAGAGACCAAGGCGGAUUUUGAGGCGCUUCGCACUGUCAGCUCGCAAUAUCGCGAGACCUCGAAGGCUGUCUUUGGUGCCAGCUCCUCUACGUACAUCGAGGCCACUGUUGCCCUUGCGAGAGUUGUGCAGCAUUCCGAGAAGCACACAGAGGAGUCAAUCGCGCUGUACGAGGAGGCUUCUCGAUCGCUAUCCUCAUCGAACUCGAACAGCUCAAGCUCCAUCAGCAAGGAAGAGCUCACGCGAUCGUUAAUCACGAUCUACAAGCGUCGCCUACACACCUCGGACUCCAAGUCGCUGAGCCAAGAGACUGUCUCGCGAGCAACCAACAUCUACUCCGAGCAACUCGCAGAGACUAGGAAGUCGUAUGGCUACUCCCACGAGCAGACUCUCAGCAGCGUGCGUGAGCUGUCUCAGCUCUACGUUCGCCAGCAGAAGUCUGAGCUCGCCGUCAAAGAGCUCACUACUACAGUAGUUGAGAUCGUGAACAAGGAGACCUCUACACAGAAGAUCUACGAGUCUGCUCUGUCCUUGACCCAGACUUUCCAGGCUGCGAGCCUCACUCAGCAGUGCACACAGCUUAUCGAAGAGUUGCACUACCAGCUGACUACGAGGAAGAAGCACUCCAAAUCAAGCUUCAGUGUUGUCGAGAGCAGCAGUGCAGCGCUCCUAUUCCUUGCCACCAUGAAGUACCACUCCCGCAAGGACAUCUCGGUGACUUUCUCCGAGAUCAUGGCCAGCUUAAAGGCUGAGUCUAUCCUCUACACGAACUUUACCCAUCUGAUCAGUACCAAGGCUGGCCUUGACAAGGUCCUCGUUGCUGCUGCGCCUCUGCGUUAUUUGCUCCAGAAGAGGAACAAGACUCUGCUCGUCCACACUGUCGAGCACGAGUCCGUGGACCUCUUCGUUUCGAAGGAGGCCGCAAAUGUCCAGCUUCUCAGCAAGGAGUCGCCGCGCCAUUUCGUCGUUGGUAUUAUGGACUACCUGGGCAACCGCAAGACGCAGGGCUUUGUUCGUGCUGUCAUUUUGGCUUCUAACAAGACCGUGUCCAAGCUCAUUGCUGGCAACAAGUUCCAAGAUGCUCACGAUGUGGCCAAGAUGGCAUUCAUGUACGCUCAGUACCGUAACGGAUAUCGUGGAUCGCGAGCUAUCUCCCGUGGCUUCGGUCUGGCGUCUCAGCUUGAUGGGCGCGGCGAGAACAAGUGCCCUGACCCAGAGUUGCGCAAGAAGCUCUUGCAACUUUCGAACAACAUCAUCAAGGACAUCCUCAAGAUCUGCAAGGAGCAGAAGGUCAACCUCGCCCAAGUCCAACUUAACGAGUUGAACGAGCUCAUUGCACUUUUGGGCGAGCAAGGCGACUACGACACCCUGGAGACACUCCUCAACGAACUUUGGACCACCCGCGAAGCCCAAAAGACGUGGGCGCCCGACGUCCUCCUCCUCCUCGGCCGACGCCUCAUCUCCGCCCGCUACCUCGCCGGCCGCCAAAUCAAGGCCCUGCGCCUAUGCGAAGACAUAGCCUACAACCUUCGCCGCGUCAACGGUAUCAAGCACCCAGCCACCCUCGAGACCUACGACCUCCUCGCUCAGCUAUACACUUCGAUCGGCCAGAACUACCAGAAAGAGACGGCAUCAGACAAGUCAGCGGCAAACCUUGCAGCGGAACACUUCAAGAAGGCGAUUCUCGUACACGAGGAUGUCCUUCGGUGGUUGUUGAACAGCACUGAGGGCGGCGCUGCUGCUGUGGACGAUGACGAUGACGAUAUGGCUGCAACCAUUCUGGCACAAUACGGCGUGAGUGUCCAGAGGGCUGGUGAUGCUGCUAUCGAUGGUGCACAAGAAUCCGACAACGGCAUUGACGCUGCUAAGAGAUCGGAGUUGGUCAAGAGACACAUGCAUCUCCUCAAGCUGGCAUAUCAGAGGCUCGGCUCGUGGCCAAAGCCAUACGCACAGUAUGAGAAGCUGAAUGCCGACCUCUUCAAGUCCUUUGGAGAUGCACUGAAGGGUGCUGAGGGUGUCGAGAAGUGGCAAGUCAAGGGCUUUGGUGGUGGAAAGGCAGAGAGCACUGAGGGGACGUUCGCUGCGCAGAGCAGGAAGUGGGAGAUUUUGAGCAACUAG